AUGUAUGACACUGAUAAAAUCAAAAAGAAGUAUGGCCCGCUCGGCGAGAGUAUUAUCGUGUGCAAACUGGAGAAGUCUGCCAAACACGGCCUUGGUCUUAGUCUUGCCGGCCACAGGGACAGGAGUAAGAUGGCGGUCUUCAUCUGCGGGAUACACCCAGCUGGGUCUGCUGCUAAAUCUUCGCCACCUGUAAAAGUUGGAGACGAGAUCUUGGAGGUAAACGGCCUAGUUCUACACGGAAGAUGUCACCUCAACGCUUCGGCUAUUAUAAAGGGACUUCUUGGACCUGUUUACAAAUUCAUCCUCUUGAGACGCAAAGCUGCUUUAGAAGAUGUAGCUGUAAAACCACUUACGCAGUUCCCUACAGCACUCGAAGAAGAGCCGGACGACCGGUUCGCAAACUACAAAGGUGUCCGGGACAUCACUAUAAAGAAGGGUCCAUCGGGAUUGGGCAUCAUGAUCAUAGAAGGCAGACACACAGAGGCAGGCCGCGGUAUAUUCAUUUCCGAUCUGCAAGAGGGAAGCGCAGCAGAACAAGCUGGUAUGAAUAUAGGUGACAUGAUCCUCGCUGUUAACAGGGAGUCUCUUCUAACCUGCAGUUAUGAUGCUGCCGCUGCAAAGCUGAAGCAGACAGAAGGUGUGGUCAUUUUGACAGUAUGCAGUCCCAAUAUGAAGGAUCCUGAUGAGUCUGGAACUUCCGGUGUCAGCGGGAGUCAAACGCCGAACCAAGACGGUCAGGCUCCGAAGCCAGCACCUUCGCCGGCCAAACCUGAGCCACCCGCUGACCCUGCAACAGCUCAGCUAAGAGCCAAUCAAGACACUGUGAUAGAAAUCAACUCCAACAACGAAGUGUUAGGAAUAUUGCUACUUGGAGGCAGCGACACUUUGCUUAACGGUGCAGCGGCUGUAGUACUAGACAUUUAUAAGAACGGGUGCAUCGCUAAAGAUGGGAGACUGCGACCCGGAGACCAGAUCAAGGACUGCAAUGGGAUCACCAUCACCAAAGAGAUGACUCACGAGAGGAUUUGCGUUUCUAUCAAACAGAAGGCACCCAAGUUAAAAAUGAACGUGUACCGGCCAGAGCCCAUAGUCUACGAUGAGAUCGAUGUAGAAUUGACUAAAAAGGGGGGCAAAGCUCUAGGGCUGGCGUGCAUACAACCUGUCCAAGGCACGGGAGUCUACUUAGGUGAACUGCUUGCCGGUUCACCAGCGGAAGUUGACGGGCGUCUCCAGCGCGGGGACUUCCUAGCAUCUGUGGACGGCAAGGAUAUGACGUCAGCAGACGCCCCGACUGCCGCCGCAGCGCUCAAACUUUGCACCAACAAGGUUCCCAUCAAAGUGAAGAGAUUCAAAAUUAAGUGA